UUUAUCUUUAGUAGUGCUCAUUUUGUAUUGUUAUGCUGUACAUCAAAUUUCUAUACUCUUGUGUUAGUUCAACUAUCAGGGCUUCCCUGAGACGCAGUAUGUGUAGUUCUAUUGAAGUAAAAAGUAUCUUGAGGUUAGUUUACAACCAUGCUGUCGAAUCGGUAAAUCCAACAUCUUUGAUGAAAAAAGAACUGCAAUUAGAGAAUGGAUAUCUCAUGACUCGCAUCAAAAAUUUUAAAGUGGAUAAAAAUUGCUAUGUAGUUGGAUUUGGCAAAGCAGUACUCGGUAUGGCUCAUCAAGUAGAAGAGAUUCUAGGUAAUCAUGUGAAAAGGGGCAUCCUAAGUAUUCCAAUUGGGCAAAAAGAGUUGUUUAAGUCAUUGACAUUUAAAGGUAACUCAGUUAUUGAGAUAUUUGAGGGUGCAAAAUAUAAUACUCCCGAUGAACAUUCUGAAUUGGCUUCUAAUCACAUAAAGACAUUGUCUUCUUCUCUUUGCUCUGGCGAUCUUUUGAUAGUUUUGAUUUCGGGUGGUGGAUCGGCAUUACUGACCAGUCCUGUGCCUCCAGUGACAAUGGAUGAGAAAGUCAAAGUUAUCAAAUUAUUACAGUGUUCUGGUGCUGAUAUCAAAGAAUUGAAUUGUGUUCGUAAAAGACUAUCGCAGCUUAAAGGUGGCAAAUUGCUUGACUUAGCAUACCCAGCCACAGUUUUGUCUUUUAUUCUUUCAGACAUUGUUGGUGAUCCUCUUGAAUUUAUUGCAAGUGGUCCAACCGUGAUAAAUAGAGAUAGCAGUGAUGAAGCCUUAGGCAUAAUAGAAAAAUAUUCUUUGUUCAAUCACUUGCCUAGAUCUGUUCAGAAUGUUUUAUGUGAACCAAUGUCAAAUAUAUAUUGUAAUACAGAAGCAAAUAACUUGAUCAUCGGAAGUAAUAAAAUAGCUUUACAUCAUGCAUCUAUUGAAGCCACCAAGCAUGGUUACUGUAGUCUUAUUCUUUCAAGCUCUGUUGAAGGACUCGUUUCUGAUGUAUGUAAUAUGUAUAUUAAUCUUAUAAUUUUUAUAAGUAAGGCUAUGGACAAAGAAAUUGAUGAAUCCUCGUUUAUUACAAGUCUAAGCUCUAUAUCAGAAGCUCUGAGAAUUGAUGAAUUAUCUUUAAAAGAGCUGACUCAUGCUAUUUUUAUAUCAAAUAAAACAAAACUUUGCUUGUUAUUGGGCGGUGAACCCACAGUCAAGGUGAAGGGAAACGGAAGAGGAGGCCGUAAUCAGCAGUUGGCAUUAGAGUUUUCCAACCUGCUAAAAAACAAGUUCUCAAGUUCGUUCAAAGUUGGGUUUCUUAGUGGAGGCACAGAUGGAAUUGAUGGGCCUACCGAUGCUGCUGGGGCGCUGGCCUAUUCUGGGCAGUUGGAAAAUAUUCACACUUUCAACCUCAAUGCUAUUGAUUUCAUAGAAAAUAAUGACGCAUACUCGUUCUUCAAACAAUUGAACAAUGGCGAAGAUUUAAUUUUCACUGGACAUACUGGGACAAAUGUAAUGGAUAUUCAUUUGAUCUUAAUUGAGAAAUGUAGUUACUAAAAUAUGAGCUGUGGCACAGAGUAAUCUGUUGAAUUCAUACACUGCUGACGGAUACUUGGCUUUUUUACAAUGACUGCUGCUCUGCCAGGAUCAUUGGCGUUCGAUGAGUACGGCCGGCCGUUCAUCAUCAUCAAGGACCAGGACAAGCAGAAGCGGCUGACGGGCAGUGAAGCCAUCAAGUCGCACAUCCUGGCUGCUCGACAGAUCUCCACUAUCCUCAGGACCUCUCUCGGUCCCAAAGGUCUGGACAAAAUGAUGAUAUCCUCGGACGGCGAUGUGACCGUCACCAACGAUGGCGCAACUAUCCUCAAGAUGAUGGACGUCGACCACGAGAUCGCUAAGUUGAUGGUGCAGCUGAGUCAGUCGCAAGAUGACGAGAUUGGCGACGGCACGACGGGUGUGGUGGUGCUUGCUGGUGCCCUCCUCGACCAAGCCGAACAUCUCAUCGACAAAGGCAUUCACCCAAUCCGUAUUGCUGAUGGCUUCGAGCUGGCCGCUCGCUGUGCCGUCAAACACCUAGACACCAUAGCGCAUAGUUUCCCUGUCGACCCCAACAACCUGGAGCCCCUCAUCCAGACCGCCAUGACCACUCUCGGCUCCAAGAUCAUCAACAAGUGUCACCGUCAAAUGGCUGAGAUCGCUGUCAACGCUGUCAUGGCUGUAGCCGACCUGGAGAAGAAGGAUGUCAACUUUGAACUGAUCAAGGUGGAAGGUAAAGUAGGAGGCCGAUUGGAAGACACAAUGCUUGUUAAGGGAGUUGUUGUCGAUAAGGACUUCUCUCACCCCCAGAUGCCUAAAGAGCUGAAAAAUGUCAAGAUGGCAAUCCUCACCUGCCCAUUCGAGCCGCCCAAACCCAAGACCAAGCAUAAGUUGGAUGUGACAUCUGUUGAAGACUACAAGCAGCUGAGGCAGUAUGAAGCGGAGAAGUUCACUGAGAUGGUGAAGCUUGUGAAGGACGCUGGAGCGAACCUAGCUAUUUGCCAGUGGGGUUUUGAUGACGAGGCUAACCACCUUCUAUUGCAAAACGAAUUGCCAGCCGUGCGUUGGGUGGGCGGUCCUGAAAUUGAACUAAUCGCCAUUGCUACUGGUGGCCGCAUUGUGCCUAGGUUUGAAGAACUGAAACCGGAGAAGCUGGGCUAUGCCGGCGUUGUUCGCGAGAUUAGCUUUGGAACAACCAAGGACAGGAUGUUGGUAAUUGAAGAAUGCAAAAACUCGAAGGCUGUCACGAUCUUCAUCAGAGGAGGAAACAAGAUGAUCAUCGAAGAGGCUAAACGAAGUAUUCACGAUGCUUUGUGCGUUGUUAGGAAUUUGGUGCUAGAUAAUAGGAUUGUAUACGGAGGUGGUGCAGCCGAGAUAUCCUGCGCUCUGGCCACAAUGAAAGAGUCUGAACAGAUUCCAACCUUGGAGCAGUAUGCACUGCGUGCCUUCUCUGAAGCUCUGGAGACUAUUCCGAUGGCGCUGGCAGAGAACUCUGGCUGGUCGUCGAUCGACACCCUCACCGAAGUGAAGGCGCUGCAGACUGAGCACAACGACCCCUCCCUCGGUAUCGACUGUAUGCUCAAAGGCACUUACAACAUGAAAGAGCAGAAUGUCAUCGAAACCCUGCAGAGUAAGAAGCAGCAGAUUAUGUUGGCCACUCAACUCGUCAAGAUGAUUCUCAAAAUUGAUGAUAUCCGUUCACCCAAUGAUGAUCCUGGGUACUAAAAUACCCAAAUUUUUUACUCAUUGGCAUUUAUUUUUUUCCAUUUUCAGUUGAAUAAUUCGUUUAGUUUUUACACAGUUAUUCCAACUAUUUUCUCCCUUAUGUUAGGCACCAAUGUGUCUUGAACUUGAAAACGCAUCUACUUGAAAAUCAACGUUUUUAUUAACUUCCUAUAAGUUGCUAUUCACUUUUAAUUUAAAAUCAUCAAAAUGUUACAUUCUAUUAAUCCGUUAUAAUUGAAUGAAAUAUCAAUAAUUUAAGUUAGUAGAGCUUUACUAAUUCACAUAAAUAAAUUUUAAUAACACAUUA